AUGGAUGUUCAAAACGCCUUUCUUCAAGGCAACCUUAAUGAGGAGAUCUAUAUGGAAUUACCUUCUGGUCUUCACAAUCAAGGGGAGCAUCAGUCUAAACAUGACUAUACACUAUUCACAAAGCAGCAGGAUAUGUUAUUCAUCAAUCUUCUGGUAUAUGUAGAUGACAUCUUGAUCAUAGGAAAUGACAACAAAGCCAUAAAUUCCCUCAAGACUUACCUACACCAAACCUUCAGAAUCAAGGACUUAGAAGAGCCAAAAUACUUUCUAGGGAUUGAAGUAGCUAGAACUUCAUCUGGAAUCUUGCUCAGUCAAAGGAAGUAUGUUCUAGAACUCAUUUCUGACUCGGGACUAUCAGGAUGCAAACCUAAUAGCAUUCCAAUUGAACAAAAUACAAAGCUCACUAGUCAAGAGUUCAACGAUAGCACCAAAUCACCUAAAGAAGACCCACAAUUACAGGAUCACUCCAAAUGCCAAAGACUGGUUGUAAGGUUGAUUUAUCUCAUAAUAACCAGACCAGACAUCAACUACGUGGUGCAAAUUCUUAGUCAGUUCAUGCACUCACCUAAACAAUCACAUAUGGACGCGGUGAUUAAAGUGGUAAAAUAUCUUAAAGGAAGCCUUCGACUAGGCCUGUUCUUAAAGGGGAAUCUAGACUUGACGACCUUUUGUGACUCGGACUGGGGAUCUUAUCCCAUGACUAGAAAGUCCCUCACAGGAUUUUGCAUAAAGUUAGGUAAAUCACUCAUCUCAUGGAAAACAAAAAAAACAAUCCACAGUAUCUCUAUCUUUAGCAGAGGCAGAAUAUAG